AUGGGUGGAAUUGGUGAAGGAACUCACAAGAAGCGCAAGUUGCCUGAAGCGAACGAGAUCGAGAUUGAUGUCUCUGCUCCUGAGCCUCCGUCCAAAAAGGCACUGCGCAAGGCUAAGAAAAACCCCUCCGAGGCGAAAUCAGAGACGGCCGCGGAACAAACUUCAGAGGCCCUGGUGAACGCCCAGAAUGCUGCAGAGAAACGCUCUGAUUACGGGGUUUGGAUCGGAAAUUUAGCGUUCUCCGUGACCAAAGAUGAUCUUCGCCGGUUUUUUACAAGCAACUGUUCGUUUGCCGAGACCUCCAUUACACGAAUCCACAUGCCGAAAGGCGCGGAGAAAUUUGGGAAGACGCAGAAUAAAGGGUUUGCCUACGUCGAUUUCUCCACCGAGAGGGCCCUCAAAGAGGCCUUGGGGCUGAGCGAACAGCUCGUGACCGGACGGCGGGUAUUAAUCAAGGAUGCGAAGAGCUUUGCGGGAAGACCGGAAAAGAAGGAAGGUCAACAAUCCGGCGCCCAGGCUGCAUCUGGCCAUCCUCCCUCGAAACGCAUAUUUGUCGGUAAUCUCAGCUUCGACACUACGAAGGCAGACAUUGAAGAGCACUUUGGGCAAUGCGGAACUGUGGCACAUGUACAUGUGGCGACUUUUCAGGACUCUGGGAAAUGCAAGGGCUAUGCAUGGGUGCAGUUUGAGGAGCUUGCGGCAGCGGAGGCGGCGGUGAGAGGGUUCAUGAUGGUUAACGAAGACGACGAGGAUGAGGGAGAUUCCGCAUCCGAGACCGAGCAGCCGAAAAAGCCCAUGAAGCCGAGACAGAGAAGGGUGUGGGUAAAUAUGCUUCUAGGUCGACGUAUGCGGACGGAGUUUGCAGAAGAUGCGUCUGUCCGUUACAAGAAGCGAUUCGGCAAAGACAAAGAAGCCAAGGGAAAUGAUUUCGUGGAGGAGGCCAGCGGGGCUGACAAUUCAGCCGAGAGGCAGCCAGCCCGACCUGCAAAGUCCAAAAAGCCGGCUUAUUCACGGUACGAUGAGGGAACCGUGCAAAAGCUGAGCGGUGCGAUUGUCGAAGCCCAGGGAAAGAAGACCACCUUUGAUUAG